UUCAGCGCACAAAAAAAUGAGCUAUUGAAACCAGAACUUUCUGCGGAGACGCUGUUUCGGACAAUCUGUUUGGGACAAGUAGGAGUGCAUAUAAGGGCUCAGCGUGCACGGACUUUUAGCAAUUUGUUUGGACUGAGCUGGGAGAAAAACAGACAGCCUCAUCUCGCUGUCGUUUUGAAAAACGGCAACUAAGAGGACGCAUAACUCUAUUGUAUCUAAGCAUUGAUAUUUUAUUAUCUGUAACAAAGGAAAAUGACUCAGUUCAACAAAGGGCCAGCCUACGGGUUAUCUGCAGAAGUGAAAAGCAAGAUCGCACAAAAAUAUGAUUCCCAGAAGGAGGAGGAACUGCGGUACUGGAUCGAGGAUGUCACUGGCAUGCCUAUUGGAGACAAUUUCCAAAAGGGUCUCAAAGAUGGUGUGAUCCUAUGCGAAUUAAUUAACAAAAUUCAGCCUGGCUCCGUGAAAAAAAUCAACCAUUCCAAACUUAACUGGCACAAGCUGGAGAAUCUUGGCAAUUUCAUCAAAGCGAUUUUAACUUAUGGGUUGAAGCCCAAUGACAUCUUUGAAGCAAAUGAUCUCUUUGAAAAUGGCAACAUGACGCAAGUUCAGACCACGCUGCUAGCCUUGGCCAGUAUGGCUAAAACCAAAGGUAUUGGCUCAAAGGUUGACAUUGGUGUGAAAUAUGCAGACAAGCAAACAAGACAGUUUGAUGAAGAGAAGUUAAAAGCUGGCCAAUGUGUUAUUGGGCUUCAGAUGGGAACUAACAAAUGUGCUAGCCAGGCUGGCAUGACUGCGUACGGAACCAGGAGACAUCUUUACGACCCAAAGACGCAGGCAGACAGGCCAUAUGACCAGACAACCAUCAGCUUGCAAAUGGGAACCAACAAAGGAGCCAGCCAGGCUGGUAUGGCAGCUCCAGGAACCAGAAGAGACAUCUUUGAUCAAAAGGUGGCACAACAGCCAGUGGACUGCUCCACCAUUUCCCUACAGAUGGGCACCAACAAAGUGGCCUCUCAGAAGGGCAUGAGCGUCUAUGGGCUGGGACGGCAGGUGUACGAUCCCAAGUACUGUGCUUCUCCCACAGAGCCAGUGAUACACACCAAUGGCAGUCAAGGAACAGGAACAAAUGGCUCUGAGAUCAGUGACAGUGACUACCAAGCAGAAUACCCAGAGGAGUAUCAAGGCAACUACAAUGAUGAAUACCAUGGGCACUACAACGAUCAAGGCAUAGAUUAUUAGGAAGUGUACUCAAUAGUAAAAUCAGUAUUAAACCAGUAUAUUUUAUGAACAAAGCAAGCUUUUUGCUAUUUUUGCUAGUCUUCCUUUAUUUGUGAUGCCUAAGACGACAAAAAUAUUGCCUUAUCUGCGUUUCUUUUUCUCCCAAUUUGACAUCAGUAUUUUUAUUUUUUAAGUCAUUUGUGCUUAUCUAUAGACCCGUAACAAUGCUGAGUGUUGAUUCUAAAAUAACACAACCAUUCUGUUUUUUAUCUUUUGAAAUAUGGAGUACUGUGAAAUAACUUCCUUUUCUUCCUCUUCACUAAUGACAGCUAUGCAGCAUCAGUUUUAUAUACAACCAAUCAUCAAUAUUGUUGAAAUUGUUCUUGGAUUCAUAUAAUUCAAAUGUAAAAUGCAGUGUACUUGUCACUUUGUUCACUUCCCUAAAAACAAAACAUUUUAGGUUUUAAAUCUGGAUUUAAGGGAGUUAAAUCUGUGGCUUGAGGGCCAAUGAAGAAAAUUAUGUAUUGAAAUUAGGUCCUUUGCUCUUUCCUUGGUUUGAUUUGAAGUCACUGGAAAUAGUUUUUAAAUUGUGAAGUUUAUUUUAAAGUUAUUAGACAUGACCAAACUUUUAAAAUAGUGCUUUAUUGUAUUGCAUUGUUAUGUUGUGUGCCAUAAAUAACCAAUUUAGAAAACCCCAAACCCUUGUAUUUAUUGCCGUGUCUCAGUAUAAACUGUUCUGUGUAUGGUUCUUUUUUUUUAUAAAUAAAUUGUUAUAAAUAGUCUUUAA